AUGAAUACCCUCAAAGACACAAAGCCAAUGUUUUCAACGCUUAUAUUCGUCGAGCUCUUAUCCACUGAUGUGAAUGGAACAACCACGUCCACAGCACGUCCACAGCACGUCCACAGCACCCCCACAGCACGUCCACAGCACGUCCACAGCACGCCCACAGCACGUCCACAGCACCCCACAGCACCCCCACAGCACGUCCACAGCACCCCACAGCACGUCCACAGCACCCCCACAGCACGUCCACAGCACCCCACAGCACCCCCACAGCACGUCCACAGCACCCCACAGCACGUCCACAGCACCCCACAGCACGUCCACAGCACGUCCACAGCACCCCACAGCACGUCCACAGCACCCCACAGCACGUCCACAGCACGCGCACAGCACGUCCACAGCACGAUCACAGCACGUCCACAGCACGUCCACAGCACCCCACAGCACCCCACAGCACGUCCACAGCACCCCACAGCACGUCCACAGCACGCGCACAGCACGUCCACAGCACGUCCACAGCACCCCACAGCACGUCCACAGCACGUCCACAGCACCCCACAGCACGUCCACAGCACCCCACAGCAUGUCCACAGCACGCCCACAGCACGUCCACAGCACCCCACAGCACGUCCACAGCACCCCACAGCACGUCCACAGCACCCCACAGCACGUCCACAGCACCCCACAGCACGCCCACAGCACGAUCACAGCACGUCCACAGCACGUCCACAGCACCCCACAGCACGUCCACAGCACCCCACAGCACGUCCACAGCACGUCCACAGCACCCCCCACAGCACCCCACAGCACGUCCACAGCACCCCACAGCACGUCCACAGCACGUCCACAGCACACGUCCACAGCACCCCACAGCACGUCCACAGCACCCCACAGCACGUCCACAGCACGCCCACAGCACCCCACAGCACCCCACAGCACGUCCACAGCACCCCACAGCACGUCCACAGCACGCCCACAGCACCCCACAGCACGUCCACAGCACCCCACAGCACGUCCACAGCACCCCACAGCACGUCCACAGCACCCCACAGCACGUCCACAGCACGCCCACAGCACCCCACAGCACGUCCACAGCACCCCACAGCACGCCCACAGCACGCCCACAGCACGUCCACAGCACCCCACAGCACCCCCACAGCACGUCCACAGCACGCCCACAGCACCCCCACAGCACCCCCACAGCACGCCCACAGCACGUCCACAGCACGCCCACAGCACCCCCACAGUGUAUAUUCACUAGCCCUGGCUAGGGACCGCUUGUGGGAAGUGACCCAACUUAACUAUGCAGGAAGUAAUUAUGAAAGAAGUAAUUAUGAAAGAAAAUAUGUACAUGUUACUGAAGAAUAUGUACAUGUUACUGAAGAAUAUGUACAUGUUACUGAAGAAUAUGUACAUGUUACUGAAGAAUAUGUACAUGUUACUGAAGAAUAUGUACAUGUUACUGAAGAAUAUGUACAUGUUACUGAAGAAUAUGUACAUGUUACUGAAGAAUAUGUACAUGUUACUGAAGAAUAUGUACAUGGUACUGAAGAAUAUGUACAUGUUACUGAAGAAUAUGUACAUGUUACUGAAGACUAUGUACAUGUUACUGAAGAAUAUGUACAUGUUACUGAAGAAUAUGUACAUGUUACUGAAGAAUAUGUACAUGUUACUGAAGAAUAUGUACAUGUUACUGAAGAAUAUGUACAUGUUACUGAAGAAUAUGUACAUGUUACUGAAGAAUAUGUACAUGUUACUGAAGAAUAUGUACAUGUUACUGAAGACUAUGUACAUGUUACUGAAGAAUAUGUACAUGUUACUGAAGAAUAUGUACAUGUUACUGAAGAAUAUGUACAUGUUACUGAAGAAUAUGUACAUGUUACUGAAGAAUAUGUACAUGUUACUGAAGAAUAUGUACAUGUUACUGAAGAAUAUGUACAUGUUACUGAAGAAUAUGUACAUGUUACUGAAGAAUAUGUACAUGUUACUGAAGAAUAUGUACAUGUUACUGAAGAAUAUGUACAUGUUACUGAAGAAUAUGUACAUGUUACUGAAGAAUAUGUACAUGUUACUGAAGACUAUGUACAUGUUACUGAAGAAUAUGUACAUGUUACUGAAGAAUAUGUACAUGUUACUGAAGAAUAUGUACAUGUUACUGAAGAAUAUGUACAUGUUACUGAAGACUAUGUACAUGUUACUGAAGAAUAUGUACAUGUUACUGAAGAAUAUGUACAUGUUACUGAAGAAUAUGUACAUGUUACUGAAGACUAUGUACAUGUUACUGAAGAAUAUGUACAUGUUACUGAAGACUAUGUACAUGUUACUGAAGACUAUGUACAUGGUACUGAAGAAUAUGUACAUGUUACUGAAGAAUAUGUACAUGUUACUGAAGAAUAUGUACAUGUUACUGAAGAAUAUGUACAUGUUACUGAAGAAUAUGUACAUGUUACUGAAGAAUAUGUACAUGUUACUGAAGAAUAUGUACAUGUUACUGAAGAAUAUGUACAUGUUACUGAAGAAUAUGUACAUGUUACUGAAGAAUAUGUACAUGUUACUGAAGAAUAUGUACAUGUUACUGAAGAAUAUGUACAUGUUACUGAAGAAUAUGUACAUGUUACUGAAGAAUAUGUACAUGUUACUGAAGAAUAUGUACAUGUUACUGAAGAAUAUGUACAUGUUACUGAAGAAUAUGUACAUGUUACUGAAGAAUAUGUACAUGUUACUGAAGAAUAUGUACAUGUUACUGAAGAAUAUGUACAUGUUACUGAAGAAUAUGUACAUGUUACUGAAGAAUAUGUACAUGUUACUGAAGAAUAUGUACAUGUUACUGAAGAAUAUGUACAUGUUACUGAAGAAUAUGUACAUGUUACUGAAGAAUAUGUACAUGUUACUGAAGAAUAUGUACAUGUUACUGAAGAAUAUGUACAUGUUACUGAAGAAUAUGUACAUGUUACUGAAGAAUAUGUACAUAUUACUGAAGAAUAUGUACAUAUUACUGAAGAAUAUGUACAUGUUCUUCAGUAA